AUGGCUUUAAUCUAUGCAAGUGCUGUUAAUAAGCGAAUUAACCAGCACCAAACCACUCAGAAGAGUCGCAAAAAAUCACUUGAACAUCAUUUGGCUACGAAUGCGCAAGAACAACCGCACUCCGUAACGAUAGUACACUUACGACAACGAUCAAACGAAGAUGGACGAAUGUCGAUUCAUACAGUUGAAGAAGCAUUGCUCCAAAAUGUUGCGGGUGGCGGUGUUUCACAUGAAAUGACUCCUCAAAGAAAAAGAAGCACAUCGCAGCACAGUGCACCAUGUUCUUAUGCAUCACCUUUAGCCGGUUCAUCCACAAACGAUCCAGAAGCAAAAACAACCAUCCUUAAGGGACACAAACGAGUGCAACGAUCUCGUACUAGUUGUGGUGACAUGCCACGAAAACAAAAUGGUGGUAUCAUGAGAAAAUCCUCACAUCCAGUUGGGACCGUUGAAACUGCUUCAAAGCAAGUAUCACUGAGUAGACGUGAUGUACACCGUUUCAGUGGAAAAUCGCCGAAUGGAGUCGAUUUGAACGAAGCAGGUGCAUCACGCUCUCAUUCACCGACGCGAGAACGUUUCUCGUCGUUACGACGUGAUAGUUUAAGCCUAGAUGCUGAAGAAUGGCGGAUGCAAAUGGAUUUAGCUAUUGAAGAAGAAACUGGAGUAACCGGUGAUAGUGGCAAACCGGGUGCUUUCCAGCGAAUGAGGAGAAAAUUCAGCAAAUGGAGACUCAGUCGAGCGGAUGAUAAGGAUGAUCGUUGA